UGCAGUCUGAACCGAAAUAGAUCGCGGUGCGCACGCAUACUACGCACUCCUGCGCGCGCGCUUCGAAUCAAGGAUCCAUGGAUUGUUCCUAAUUUAAAAACCGAUUAGCUAUCAAUCGGCUGUCCCUUUCACUCGUGUGAGAGUGAAAUGGCUUGAUUAGUGACCGGCUCAAGUGUAUUGUUUGUUUUAAUAAGUGACAAUGUUGUGUUAUACCGUAGUGGGUUUUAUAUUUGCAUUGAUGCAUCGGGAUGCACAUGCAUCCUUUGCUGAAGAAAUGGCUAAAACGACAGAAUUGUGCUGCAAUCAAGGCACCAGGUACGCCAGGAAUCACACUUCGGAGGAGUGCUCCUCCUCAGUACCGCCGAGCGUGAACAAGGAAUUGGGUUCGCUCUGCAUAUUCGCCAUGGAUUCAUGUUGCAAAGAAUAUUUCCAAAAGAUGCAGGACUGCGACACCGGUAUAGAUAUGGCUACCAGCACAAACCGAUGUGACACCGUUGCUGAUUCAGGAAAGAGAUGCUGUGAGGAAUGUCUUCGAGGAACAUCAACUGGCGUAUCGAGGGGUGACGAUGAAUGCAUGGUGGAUACUAUGGCAAAUAGCGCGGAAGAAUUGCUUCCAGCCGAUGCAUUCACCAAGUGUUGUCAAAAAGCAGCAAAAGAGAGGAAAAAGGAAAUAGAGUCUCAUGCGUCCGAAGAGAGCACGUUAUCCAGGAAACCAAUUCAGACAAUCGCAUCAAUUUGCGAAGAGUACGCCCCAAAUGAAUUGUGCGCCCAUCACUGCAUACCAGUACCGGGGUCUUACAAAUGCGAGUGUAACCCUGGCUUUAAACUGAUGGCUGAUGGCAGAAAUUGUAUAGAAGUACAAAAAAAUAGAUGUAAACCACGGAACCCCUGUCAACACAAGUGCAACGACAAUGGUAUCGAGGUGAAGUGUUCUUGUCGCAGAGGGUACGAGCUGAUGCCGGACGGCAAGUCCUGUAGAGAUAUCGACGAAUGUGUACUGAACCCUCCAGUUUGUCUACCCGGCACCGAGUGCCAUAAUGUACAGGGUUCCUACAAGUGUAUACCGAGUAAGAGGAACAAUAUGGAGAAAGGACAAUGCCCUCCUGGCUUCUCGAGGAAUAUUAUUAACAACGUGUGCGAUGACAUCAAUGAAUGUAUACUAUUACAUCCACCAUGCCCUUCGUACUUAUGUGAGAACACAAUCGGUGCUUACAAGUGUGGGGGUGUCACUGGUGAUCCUAACAACUUGGCAAGCACCGUAAGACCACCGGCCGAAGACAGGUGCCCGCCGGGUUUCAAAGCUGGAUUCAAUGAAGAAUGCGAAGACGUCGACGAAUGCAUCAUGCGCAAGGACGACUGCAAUCCAAUUUCUCAAUUCUGCAUCAACACACGCGGCUCCUUCCAUUGUCAAGAUAAGGGCUCCAAACAUUGUCCACCUGGAUUCAAAAUAAACACCAGGAGCAGUAAAUGUGAAGAUAUUGACGAAUGCGAAGAAAGCACAGAAAUUUGCAGGCCUGAUCAAAUAUGUGUGAAUCAGCUUGGCCAAUAUGACUGUAAACCUAAGAUAGAUCCGAGCAGAUUGCAGAAUUCUUGCCCAGAUGGUAUGAGGCAUAAACCUGGUUCAACAUAUUGCGAAGACAUCGAUGAGUGCUUGGAGGGCACCCAUCUUUGCGACCAGCAUCAGAACUGUUUGAAUACCAACGGCAGCCACGAAUGCCACUGCAAACUUGGCUUCGAGCUGGACAUCAUCACCGGAGCUUGUGUUGACGUGAAUGAAUGUGCUACUGAUCAACACGACUGCCUGUCGGACUCGCAACGGUGCGAUAACACGGUCGGAUCGUUCAUCUGCGUCAGGUACCUCUCCUGCGGCACCGGGUACAUCCUUCAACAUGCCACAGGAGUUUGCGAAGAUAUCGACGAGUGUUCUCUCGGCACGCACAACUGCGCCCGCGCAGGACCGCAGUACAGCUGCGUGAACAUACCGGGAUCGUUUCGAUGUGUUCGUAAGCGUACUACGACCACAUCUACGACUUUAUCACCGGAAUAUGAAUAUUAUUAUGACGAAUCAGAAGAAAUAGUUGAUGAAGACAAUGAGACAAAACCACAUUCAUCGGAUACUAAUACAGAAACUAAAGUAGAAAACAAAUCGGAAGCACCUGUCACUACAACUACUGAAGCUUCCACUUCCCAAAGUCCGCCUCCUAAACCUAUUGAAAAUACCCCACCACCAGAGCAACCUAAACCUGUAUCAGAGAAGCCAGAUGAUAGCACCAAUGAAAUUAUACCUCCUCAAAUACAGCCAACUUAUCCACCGUCGCCUACAGUCAGUGAACCCCCACCAAGUUCAGAAAGUCAACCCAAAGCAUUUGAACCGUCGUCAACUGAAACUAUCAGCUAUUAUGAACCAAAGCCACAGAUUCCUGAACAAACCAGUUGGGAAGAACCAAAACCAGUACAGUCAAGUCAAGAGCCAGCGCCCACUGAACCACCAAUACCAGUUCAACCUUACCAACCCCAACAACCAGAGUCAAGUAUAAAUGAAUCGGUUCAACCGGAAACAACACAACAGCCAGAAACAACACGACAACCUGAAACAACAUAUAGUCCAUCGACAGAAUCAUCGUCAAUGCCAAGUCCAAAAAUAGUUAAUGUUGUUGUUGGAAAAGAUACAGCGACAGUAAAUGGUGAGAGAACUGAUGAUGGAGCGGUGAUUGUUGAUACAAAUAAUGUACCCAAGAAUAAAUGGACAGUAAUUAACGAGAAACCAGCCAGUUGUCAAGCUGGUUUUGAAAUGGACGAAUAUGGUGCUUGUUUCGAUAUUGACGAAUGCGCUACAAAUCGUCACAGUUGUUCUGGCUUAACGGAAUCCUGUAGGAACACCAUGGGAGGAUAUCUGUGUGAUUGUGCGGCAGGCUUCCGCAGAGACUUGACCACAGGGGCGUGCGACAUUAUACCGACAACGACUAGUACUGUACCACCUACAACUGUUUCAUCCACUACAGAGCCAGUUCGCCACUACUUCUGGGGAUAUCCUGACUACCGGCCGCCGUCAGUGAGACCGUUUAGGCCACGUAACCUGUGCGAUGCCGGAUACCAUCACGACGUAAAAACGGGCCGAUGUGAAGAUAUCGACGAAUGUACAAAUGGCCAAGCGAACUGUGCUAGUGUUGAGGUCUGCGUGAACACAGACGGUGGUUACCGUUGUGAGUGCCCGCCAAAUUGGAAGCUCGAUGAUGUGAGGCACCGUUGUGUCCAAAUACGGAACCCUGAUCAGUUUCCGCCUGGAUAUGGUAAUGAACCUGAAUAUGCACCUCCUGAACCUGAAGAAUCAAUCAGCCAUGGCUCAAGAGGUUAUAAAUAUGUGGAACCGGAAAUUACCAAGGUUGAAGACCGAGGGACCGUCAUAAAGUGUCCUUGGGGAUAUAAACUUGGCAUUGAUAAUACUUGUGAAGAUAUAAACGAAUGUGUGACGGGCGAAGCCAAAUGUGGUCCGCUCCAACUUUGCACCAACUUACCUGGUGGGUAUACCUGCAGCUGUCCUCUGGGACACAAGCUCGUGGGAGACCACGAGUGUGAAGACGUCGAUGAAUGCCAACUGGCUGGUAGUAUGCCUAUAUGCUCCAAGAAUGCCGAUUGUGUGAACACCAUUGGCUCUUAUAGAUGCGAUUGUCAUAAGGGAUUCAAACCAGCUCCAGUAAAUGAGAAGAUUUGUGUGGAUGUCGACGAGUGUAUGGAAUCUCGCUCCGGAACCUUAUGUCAACAACGCUGCAAUAAUGUGUGGGGAGGAUACAGGUGUUCUUGCCAUAGAGGGUACAGACUGAACACAGAUAAUAGGACCUGUUCCGACGUAGACGAGUGUGCUGAGUCGAAAACGAACAAACGAGUGUUGUGCGUGGGACGGUGCCAUAACGAGCCUGGCAGCUACCGGUGCAGUUGCCCACUCGGCUAUCGGCUGAGCGAAGACAAGAAAAGUUGUAUAGACAUCGACGAAUGCGAAACCGGAGAAGCGCCAUGUGCAAAAACUGGUAUCUUUGGUGGGACCAGCCACGUGUGCCAGAACACAAGAGGAGGUUACCGAUGUCACCGUAUCGUCUGUCCACCUGGAUACUAUCUGGAGAGUAAAAACCGCUGUUCCAGAACUGAGAAAAUCUGUCCGCCCAACGAUUGGAAGUGCAUGCACCAGCCGUUGACAUAUUCAUACAACUACAUCACUUUCGUCUCCAAUUUGUACAUUCCUGCUUCUAAGGUUGAUUUGUUCACCAUGCGAGGACCGACUAAGCUACCCGAUGCCAAGAUAAGGUUCCAACUUCGUCUAGUUGAAGUCAACGCCCCACCAACAGUUAAGGAAAAAGCGGAUAUUAAUGCAUUCUUACUGGUCCAACAAUCUUACUAUCAAGUGGCAGUGUCCUUAGUCCGUCCACUCAUUGGUCCACAGAGUAUAGAACUGGAGUUGUCUAUGGAACUGUACAGCAGAGAACAGUUCGAAGGGAUCGCUGUGGCCAAACUGUUUAUACACGUCUCGGAAUAUGAGUUCUAAAUGAUUUGUACAACUUUUUGGUAUGAAUAACUUCGAAUACAUCGGUUUUAAGUCGGUGUUUACUGAAAGACGGAACGUCUGCAUUACCUGUCAAAUUAAGAAUAAAUCCAUCAUUCUCUCGAUUAAUCAAUCAAGCCAUCAAAUUAUCGAUCUAUCAAUCAAUAAUAUAAGCUAAAUAUUAAUGGUUCUACUAUUCUGGUUUAUUUUAUUAUUAUUAUUAUUAUAUAUUAUUAGUAAAUAGUACCCAUUUUAUUUUUUUUGUAUUAUUUUCUUUGAAAUUUGGCACACUAUGCAAAUGUUGCAAAUCGUUCAAGAAUCGCUUUUUAGUAACUUUAUAAUAACGCCAAAUAGAAAACUUGAUGAAUUAAAAAUACAUAGUUGUACGGGGCACUUCCUGGAAUACUUUUUCGUGUGUCCAAAAUAAAUUAUGUCGAAUACUUAUAUUUGAAUAUGAUGUGCAGUUUUGUAUUAUAAGUGUCAUUUAAGUAUUUGUCGGUAACAAAUUUUAUUUCGUUUAAUUAUGCCAUUAAUAAUACUAGUAGUAAUAAAUAUUCAAAGGCUUGAAGUAAUAAUAAUAAUAAACUCUCUAUUGCGCACAAAAGAGAUGUAUACAAGGAGUAUUUAUGUACAGAAUGUGCAUAAUAUAGAAUAGGCAGCCUUAUCGCUAAAAGCAAUCUCUUACAGACAACCUGGCAUGAAUAGUAGAUUAGUACAUAAGUUCUGUCUCGGUUUUGAAAACUUAACAAGUAAAAAAAUCUUAAAAUUGUAUUUUUAUUCUAUUUAACACGCAAAGACUAGUAUCGUAACUAAGGUAUAUAGGUUUAUUGGAUGAGUCGAAGUGCCUUAAAUACUUAUUUUUUUCCUAAGUAUACAAAUUAGUUUAAGUUUUUACAUAAAAAUCAAAACUACAAAAAAACCGCCCAAUCGAUUCAACUGACUGUAAAUAUAUUGAUUAAACAAAUCAAUAAAAUUUCUCCACAAUACAAAAAAAAAAAAAAACAAAUAUCAAAUAUAGAAGAAAUCGAUACAGUUAAAUCAUGAACCGACUUUAAAUUGGUGGAAUUUUGGAAUCUGAGGUAAAAUAAGGUAAAUCUCAUUUCAUGAUUCUCUACAGAUCGGUUGUUAGUUUCGUAACAAACGAUACGGUUGUGUAGUUAUUAUAGUUUUAUUGUAUAAGGCUGGAUCACUUUAAUUGUAUAAGCUUGUUUUAUCUAGUACAGUUUAGUUUAUAUGGUUAUAGUAAUGUGAUGACGUAGUUAGUUAUACAUUUAAGCACAGUUAUUGUCUUGUGUUAUUAUGUAUUGCAGUCUCAGUGCAAAGAUUUUUUUAUAGUUAUACCUGAAUACUGAAUUGAAUAUCUUACAGUUAAACACGAAUACAUCAUUAUAAGACGUUUUGAUUAAUUCACG